AUAGAAUUAAAAACAGGAAAGAGUAAAACAUAACAUUGUCACGACUUUUUAUUUUAAUCUCAUUUUGCCCAUGCAGUGUCAGACUUGCAUAUGCAAAGUUAAAUUAAGUGGAGAAUCCCCAACGAUUCUCAGUAAUUUUAGGACUCCUGAUAAUUAUCGAAAGCAAUUAUUUAUCAACCUUCUCUAUUUCUAUACAUUUGGUUAUGGAAAGGCAACUGAUUUCUAAGAAGAUGAGAGUAGGAUGAUAUGUUAGUAGGAUUGAAGUAGUCCAAAAAUGGGAUGGGGUGGAGAGACCUUACCAAAACAAAAAAACAAAAAAAAACCCACACAAAUAUAAAGCAAGCAAGUCUCUUAUGGAAUUUUCGAACUGAUCAGCACGAAAACUCUGACUUAAUCGUAGAUUUGUAAAGUCUCCGAAUUCCAGCCCGUUUUCUUAAAGUUCUCGCCAGAAUUUAUCGCUUCCGCUCUAUGGACGAGGCUUUCGACGGCGGCUGCUUGGAGUCAACUUCAUUGGAACGCGAGAGAAAAAUGGCAGCCUCCUUAGAAGUGUGCCAUGUAGCUUGCUCCGCUAACCGCGCCGGCCCCGGAGUGAUCUCUUGGGGGAGAGGAACUCUAUUGGCGUUCGGGUCCUGUCGCUCUGUCAUUCUCUAUGACCCGCAGAAAAGAAAAGUAGUGGGAACACUGAAUGGUCAUACUGGGAGAAUUAAUUGUGUUAAGUGGAUUCGCAGAAAAGAUGGAUCUUAUGAAACGGAAUUAAUAUCUGGCGGGUCAGAUAAAACUCUUAUUCUUUGGGAAAUUCAAGAUGAGAAGCUUGUGAAUGAUGUCCACCUCGAAGGUCACACUGAAGCAAUUUGUGCAUUAGAUGCUGUUUACAUGACAAUUGAAAAUGCAUUAGGAUUAAGCCUACUAAUAGCUUCUGCAGCUUCAGACUCUACUGUCAAAAUUUGGUCCAGACAAGGAACAGAAGUUAAGUGCCUUCAGACACUGAUGUUUGGAAAUGGAUUUAUUAUGGAUGUUUCAUUGUCCUUCUUGCCAGGCAGUGACAUACCAGUGCUGGCUUGUGGUGGUGAUGACAGCAGAAUCCACUUAUAUGUGCAACAGGCUGGAGAGUUUCAGAAAUCUUUACUACUACAUGGACAUGAGGACUGGAUAAGAGGAGUUGAAUGGGCAUUUUGUGAUGGAGAUCUGUAUUUGGCAAGCUGUGCUCAAGAUUGUCUGAUAAGAAUCUGGAAGAUGCAUGCAACUUCAUUGUUUGGGGAAAUCCAAGAUGAGGACACUAUUAGGUUGAAAGAGAAUGUUUUCACCAUAAAAAAUAGCAAUGGUGCAGAUAAAUCCUUUGCAGUUACCUUGGAUUCAGUGCUAGCUGGCCAUGAAAACUGGGUAUAUGGAGUUCAUUGGCAGCCACCAUAUUUCAAAGAUGGCAGGAUGGUACAGCCAAUGAGGUUACUAUCUGCUUCAAUGGACAAAACGGUGAUCCUUUGGUCUCCAGAUGAUGAAUCUGGAGUGUGGUUGGAACAGGUCCGAAUAGGAGAAGUGGGAGGAAAUACGCUCGGAUUUUUUGAUUGUCAGUUCAGCCCAGAUGGAUCAAUGAUUCUUGCUCAUGCUUUCCAUGGAGCCCUUCAUCUUUGGAAACAGACUUCUUCAAACAAGAGUGAAUGGACUCCAGAAGUGAUGAUUUCAGGACAUUUUAAUUGUGUCCAAGAUGUGAAGUGGGAUUCAGAGGGAGGCUUUAUAAUUUCUGUUGGUUCUGACCAAACCACAAGAAUAUUUGCUCCUUGGAAAAGAGAGAACAACCCAGAGGUGACGUGGCAUGAAAUAGCAAGACCCCAAGUCCAUGGGUAUGACAUGCAGUGUAUAGCACUGACAGCACGGUUUCAGUUCGUAUCUGGAGCAGAUGAGAAAGUGCUGCGUGUGUUUACUGCACCUAGAAAUUUCAUUGAGAACUUCAGCAGUAUUUCUGGAAUGUCUCUGGAGAAAUUAUAUUCUGGUCAAAUGGUGGAUCUUCCAGAAGGGGCUACCGUACCAGCCUUAGGUUUAUCCAAUAAGGCCGUCUUUGAAGCUGCAGAUACAACAGCUCAAACAACUGAAGAAGAAAAUCUCAGUAAUUCUUCCAGACAGUACCGUGAAAAUUACUUUCAGCCAUGUAAUCUUUCAGAACCUCCCACAGAAGAUCAUCUCUUGCAGAAUACACUGUGGCCUGAAACUCAAAAGUUAUAUGGACAUGGUUAUGAAAUUUUUUGUGUUGCCUGCAAUAAUUCAGGCACUGUGAUAGCCUCUGCAUGUAAGGCUUCUAAAAAAGAAUAUGCAGCCAUUAUUUUGUGGAGCACCACAACUUGGAAACAAUUGCAGAGCUUACCUUUCCACAAUCUGACAGUGACGCAGAUGUCUUUUUCCCCAAAUGAUAAAUUCUUGCUAGCAGUUUCAAGAGAUAGAAAUUGGUCGCUUUGGAAAUCUAAUCAUAUCAACCCAAGAGACUCAGACCCAGCGUUCAGCCUCUUUGCAGCCACAGGAAAGAACAUUGCUGUGCAUAGUCGUAUCAUUUGGACCUGUGAUUGGACUCCAGAUAGCAAUUAUUUUAUUACUGGAAGCAGGGACAAAAAGGCUGUGAUCUGGGGUAAAUGUUUACCAGAGGAGAAUAAAGAUAAGGAUUUGGCCCUGAUCCAGCCUUGUUCACCAGUCCUGGAUGUUGGUGAUUCGGUUACUGCAAUUAGUGCUAGUCAUACACUUGCUUCUGAUGGGAGCUUCAUAAUUGCCAUUGGGACAGAAUGUGGGAGGAUUCAACUGUACAAAUGGAAGCCAGGCAAUAAAAAGUUGCCACUUUCCGAUUGGUGCAAGUGCGUUGAGACAGAUUACAGCCAAAGCCAUACCCUUACUGUCAAACGACUGCAGUGGAGAACGCCUGUGGGCAAAGCGGGGCAGGACACAGCCGAGAGCAGCAAGUGGCUGCAGCUGGUGAGCUGCGGGGUGGAUCACUGUGUGAAGAUCUUCAAUAUCAAUCGGCACAGCCUUUAAAGGACGACUUUGAGGCAGGCAGACUCUACUUGCCUACCAGCCAUUUCCUGAACUGAUUUUCUUAAAAAGAAGCAAAAAUUGGACUUCCAGCUCUUCGAGCAAUGCAAUCUGACACCAGUAUAAACUGAACUUACAUAUUGAAGCAGUUUGAGAAGUAAUAUGUGGGCAUAAUGGUUCUGUACAAACAAGUUUUUAUUGUAUACUUAGCAGUGGCCAUUUGUCAUAGAAGGCCCCUCUGAGGUAAAUCAGCUGUAAUCCAUAUACACUUAGAACAGAUAUCAAACUGGGAGAAAGAGAAUUAUGUUUCUUGCUUCCUUCUCAUCUGUAAAAACACAAUGUGUAUUUCUGCUUAAACUUGUAGGAUGGUUGUUUUCACAAUAGAGUGCAGGGACUCCAUUUUGAAGUUCAUUUUUGAGUCUUCCAGAGUGGUUGAUGGGUGGUUGAGGUAAAGGUCCUUGUUUUUGCAGCAUACAGACUAGGGAAAUUUGGGAGUGGCACUUAGGGAGAAUUGGGGAGUGGAUGCUAGCAGAUUGCAACAUUUGUUUCCUUGGGUUGAAGUGGAAGGGAGAAGAAGCGGGAGAAUAAACACUGGUUCCUCCAAAGAAAUCAGAAAUGUGCAAGAAAGAAUAAGCGAUACGACACUGAACAGAGAUGCCUAUGGAAGGCAGAAAGAGGAUGAAGGUCCUUGGUUGCUGCUAGUGAUGGCGGCAGCACAAAUUUCUGAUACUGUAAAUGUCCUUAAAGACAUUUUGUUCACACAGAAGAACAAAUGAUGGAAUAAAUAAAAGGCACAAAUGAGAAAUCCAGGCAAAACUGAUGUGCCUGGAAUGAAGAGGAUAGACCUGACUGGAAUUGGUACAGCAGGAACUUGAACUGAAAGGAGAAGCAAGCACUGCAAAGGACCCUCUACAGGUGGCUCCUGUCUGGCCAUCUAUGGCUGCUCUAAAGGACCAGCUGAAAAGGGAAACGUGAGGAAAUUUGCAACACUCUACAGAAGAAGCGGGGAGGGCAGGAAUAAGGCCUUGCCUUAAAUCAGAAUAUAUGUGUUCCUUCAUCAAGGGGCCAUAGUGGGACCAGGGUACUGAAGGGGGAAAUCUUGAGAGUGUACAUUGGAUAAAGUGAUGGAGGGCUGUUAGAUGAAUGUAAUAGCAAUUGGUUAACACAGGGGGUAUAUUGAAUGUAAGCUUAUUUGAGACAGUAUAUAGGAGGUUCUGGGAAGCCUCGGGGUUUGUGGAUGCUGAGGAGCAAAUUUCCAAAGCCAGUUAGAAGGAGGUAAGAUGGGUGGGAGAUAUUCUGGUUGUUCCAGAAGGGGAAUACACAGUCUUCUAGCUCUUCUGCUUAGGUCCAAAACUUAAGAGGCCUGGUCCAUGGUAUAAUGGCCAAAACAUGGUUAAUUUAAAAUAAGCAAAUCCCUCUGGAGAUAUAUUAUUUUAAUGAAGAUGAAUGUAUGGUGGGGGGGUUUAAUAGAAAUUUUUAUAAAACUAGUACAAUGAUAA